AUGCCAGGAUAUCCGGAUUUCGGUCAGAAUGAUUUGAUCAUGACUGAUGGAUAUGGAAUAUUUCGUAUUGCCGAAGUUAGAUUGAUAAUGAUGGUGCAAGAACGGGAUUGGCUAGUUUUUACGGGAUCACACGAUUCAGGUGAUCUUUGUCCAGGUGAUUCACCAAUAUGUGAUUUACACGCGAAAACCGAUUUUGUAAUUUCUGGACCAGUUCGUACUCGCUAUUCGUCAUUGUAA